AUGUCUGCGGACCACUCUCCAACUGAAAAUGCUCUCUACACCCCUCCGAUCACAGAUAUAGAUGGAUCCCUGUCUCCCACAUUAGAAUCCUUCCGCCCGCCAUGGACCCAGCCGCACUCAAGUCUCUCCCGCUCCUCCAGGAGGAGGUCCUCCAUCUUUUCUGUUCCCCCUGCCUCCCUGCGGGAUUCAUCAAUAAACAACAUAAAACAGCUCUACCAACGUGUCUCUCGUAGAUUUGGGAAGAUGACUCUUGUGCAGAAAAUUGGCACUGUGCUGGCCACUCUCGGGGUCAUUUCGCUGGGUGUAGGUUUCGUGAUUCUGACAGGGAAGAUAUUUAAGUGGUUAGAGCCUGUGGCGGAGGACUGGGAGAGCUCUAAACUUGCAUAUUUCGCCGUGUGGAUAUGCACAUUUAUAGUCUCUUUUCCCCCGCUGGUUGGUUGGUCGACUGUCGGGACCGUUGCAGGGUUUAUCUUUGGUGUUUGGAAAGGAUGGUUCAUAUUCUCAAUCGGAACCGUAAUCGGAUCGACAUGUUCAUUCAUCGUCUCCCGAACCCUCCUCUCCUCUUUUGUCCACCGAUUAAUGAAACACGACAAACGCUUUGCCGCUCUCGCUCUAACCCUCAAGUACGAUGGACUGAAGCUUCUAUGUAUGAUAAGACUUUGCCCGCUACCCUAUUCCAUAUGUAACGGGGCCAUCUCCACGUUCCCCACAGUCCAUCCCCUCAUGUACGGCCUUGCUACCGCAAUCAUAUCCCCAAGGCUGCUGGUCCCGACCUUCAUCGGCAGCAGACUGCGCAUCCUAGCGCAGAACGGCGAGACGAUGAGCGCAGGCUCAAAGGCAAUCAAUAUUGCCAGCAUUUUGGCUAGCAUGGCCGUGGGUAUCUUCACUGCAUGGUACAUAUAUAGAAAUACCCUCGCCCGCUCUAAACAGCUCGAAGCUGAAGAGAGAGCUAACAACAGCAUCCGACAAUCCCAGUCCAGCAAUCUGCCUCACCUCCAGCCGCCACAUGUCUUCUCUGACGACCCGGAUGAAAUCGCCGCUGCAGAACUUGGUGAGGACGAGGAAGCACGCAUUGGCUUCCUCACCGACGGUGCUACUGGUAAUAACUACGAUGUGGGCGUGGACAUUGAUGACGACCACGUCGCCAUUGACCCUGUGGGAUACCACGAUGAAUUUACGGAUAAUGACUCUGAUGUCUUUGAUGAUGGGGAUGAGGGUGGAGAUGGAGAUGGUCACGUUGAGGCGUAUAGUUUACAUCGGCAUGUGGAGUCGAAAUAG